UCUUGUCUCAACAAAAAAAAAAAGCAAACCCUAACUAGUUUUUUUUUUCUUUCUCCGUAGCUAUGGAGGUUCCAAUGAUCAAUAGAAUUAGAGAUUUCGAAGUAGGCAUAAACUCAAUAAACGAUCCAUCGUUUCUCUCCCGAUCUGUUGCCGUCUCCGGUAUCGGAAAGCUACACCAAGCUUACGGUUUCUGGAAAUGGGGAGCUUUGAUCAUCGCAUUUUUAGCUUAUUUCACGAAUUUCAUUACAAGACUCAAGAGUUUAGUUGUUAGGUUAAGGAAGAUAGAUGUCUCCAUCUCUCCCCCAACUCUUUUCGAUGAUUACGACACAGACUCCGACGUCUCUUGCUCUUCCUCCCCUUCUUCAGACGAUGAUGAAGAAGACGCGGAAGACAAAGACGAAGAAGACGUUGACUCUAUUUACGAUCAAGGAUGGGUCAACGGAAGCUUCCGCGCGAGAGGAUCCGAACAAGGGCAAAAUGGUAAUUUCACAUGUUUUAAUGGUAGUUUCGGAGAUUUGUUCUCGUGGCCGGAUCUCGGCGGGAUUGGAUCGAGCGGAGUCGUGAAGCUUUGGGAUCAUUUGGAUAUUGACGGUGAUGAGGACGGAGAUGGUGAGAAUGUGGUGGCGUCGUUUCUCAGGAACUGCGGCGGAGCCGCUUCGCCGUCGUCGAUUUUUCUGACGGCGGAGAAGAGAGGAAGCGACGGCGUUAAAGUGGAGGCGCGUGAUCCACGUGUUGGUUUUCGGAUGCCGGCGUUGUUGGCGGAGUGGAGGCAGCCGGGGAGGUUUCUAGGGAAUAUAAUCGGAGUCGACGUCGGAGGCGUGGAGAAGAUUUACGUCAGGGAUGAUGUCAGCGGGAAGGUCGCCGUGGGGGAUUUGAGGAGGUUUAACGGUGCGUUGACGGAAAAUGACGGUGAGACUUGGUGGGACACUGACGUCGUUAUCGGAGGUUGAUGACGGCUUCGUUGAGGAGAUGCUUUAAAUAAUUAAAGAUUUGAUUGUGACGGUUGCGUCUUGGAAGAUUCAAACGCGAUAAUGAUUAAGGAGAAGGACGAACGUUUUGUAAAUAAUUUGUAUGUUUUGCUUCUCUUUCAGUUUUUAUUUUAGAAUUUGAAUAAAUCAACUUCGGAUGAUUCUAUCAAAUGGUUAAAUUUUUUUCUUGAGUUUUGUUUGGUCGGUUACUUCACUUGGAGUGACUGACCAUGUGGCCGGUUGCGAGUUUUUGUAAGGUUAAUAUAUAGUAUAGGGAAAAAACCGCAAUGGUUAAAAAAACAAUUUUGAAGAUAAUGUCGUGAAAAAUAUGGCUAGGGGACUAGGACUGGUAAUUUAGCUGGAAAAUGGUAAAAAGAAAAUUGAUACUGUACUAAUUUUAUGAAUCAAAAGCAAAGCAGAG